AUGCCCUUGUAAGUUCAAAUAUAUUUAAUGAGAAACAUGCAUAAACAUAGCCAUUCUUUCGCUCGUUUGGUAAAAAUGUACGUCUCUGUUCAUUGAUUUUCGAUCCCUUUGUAAGUUCAAAUACAUUUAAUAAAAAGAUGCAUACAAUUUGCGUUCCUUCGCUCAUUUGGUAGAAAAUUACGUCUAUUAUACUUGAAGGAAGGUUAUCAUUCGGCUUUAAAGGAGUUUUUAUUUCGAGUUUUUUUUAUGACCGUGACACGUCCGUUCGUAAAACAUCGUCUCUCUGAAUUUACUUAUGUGACUUGUAAAGUUUAGAUUAUGACUCAAAUCCACAGCUUCAUUUCAUGAACCCCACACGGUCUUCUCUUAAUAGCGUAUAGGAAUGUAUGGUUUUCCGUAAACGGGAAAUGUGCAGCUUUUGCUUUGGAGACCCUGAAUGCAAGUGUACCGGCAGGUCGAGUUUGAAAUUAUUUGGGAAUUGGAGUUUUUUAAAUCCAGUUACACCCUUCCUUCAAGUAUAAGAGUUAAAAGAGACGUAAUUUUCUAUCGAAUGAGUGAAAGAAUGGAUAGUCUUAUGCAUGUUUCUCAUUAAAUAUACUUGAGCUUACAAGGGCAUCGAAAAACCAAUGGAAAAAUUCACGCUAAUUAAGUAGUUAUUUUUUACCAAGUGUAAUUUUUGCUGGUGGCUGAAAAGAAGUUCGUUCAAAAGUCGGCAUGCCGAAGUAACUGAAAUAUCUUGGGGUUAUGCUGCAAGGUGAUUAGUAUUACAAAUCUACUUAAGUAAUCUCUUUCGACUCGAAAAGGCAUUUUGGAAUUUCGGCCAUUUCAUGAGUCCGUACACCUGCUGUAGCUGACCUGCAGUCCACCUCACGCUCUCUGUCGAUUCGCUGCUGGGUCCGCGCUAGGCUUUUCACUAACAUCGCGAGUUCUCGAAGCCAAUCAACGCUGUUCCCAACUCUGAUUGGCUGGCUGGACCCUGAGACAGAACGAACGGCGCGCACACGCGCUGGGGGCUAAAUACCUCAACGGCUGACACAGGACAAACAACUUGCCUGGAGAGACAGUUUUUGGCAAUUGCAUGCAGAGCUUCUUGUACGCUCAUACAGUAAAGUCCUUCGACCCAAUCCGUCUUCCCUGAUUUCCGAAUUGGGAACCGUAGUGUGUCAAUCAUGCCAACUGUCGACAAUCCGGUCGGUUUGCACUCCACCAAGCCGUUGCUCAACGUAUCAUGACAGCGUCAAUUUGCCGUGAGAAUAGAUUACCAGCAUCGGCCUCAUUCGCCGCCCCCCCCCCCUCCAUUGCUUUGCACUUUAAGCCUCCGCCAGUUGGCGGUGGGAUUAAGCGUAGCAGACGACCCGUGUCACAUAUGGCCUAGUCUCCACUCCAUUUGUACCAGAAUAGACGAAAGGACGUGCUUCAUACUCGCGUGAAUGUGCAUGUUUUGAAAUGUGCGAUGUUUUGCCCGCCAUCUUGGCGGUGACGACAGUGAUUGCAUGAUUGCUACUGGCGAAAGGUGUGAUGUUGUGGGGGUAGCGCGCAGAACGGAAGUGGCCUAGAAAUGUGUGCUUGCGUGCGCAGGUAGGACGAGGUGUAACGAUGGGUUCGAGGCCGCGGCGUUACCGCAAAUUUAUUCAUGGAGGAAGCAAUGAUAGAAUUUCCGUUGGCAGGGUGAACGGGUGCGACGGGUGUAUGUUGGGGCCCCUUACACUGGUCCGCCAGUCCCGGUUCGAUGGAUUUGCAAGUGUCUGACCAGGCCAAUAGCGGAAAAAAGUUUGCAGUGUCAUCAAGAAGAGGAUGGGAAAUUGGCUGCUGAUCCGAUGGUGGUGUCGAUACUCCACACGAAGACCACAACCAGCCUAAUUCGAGCAACAAAUGGGCCAGGAAGGAAUUUGGACACGCUGCAGGUUAUUGGGGCCUGGCGGAAUGCAGCGUUUGGUCCCAGACGCAGCAACAGGAGCAACUGUGUGGUGGAGAUAUAGGACUGCUUAUCAGAAGGUGGCAGAACUAUCCGAAGAAUCGGGGAUUGUGAGAGGAACGAUGAAGUUGUUAGUGUCGUUAGUGGGAAUGAUCAUGUUGGUGGUGGUGGUGGUGGUGGUGGUGGUGGUGGUGGUGGUGGUGGUGGUGGUGGUGGUGGUGGUGGUGGUGGUGGUGGUGGUGGUGGUGGUGGUGGUGGUGGUGGAACGGAUUUGGGAUGUUGGAGGGUAGUUUUUUCGGGAUGGUAUUCCAGUGAAUUCCGCUGCCCUGGCCAAAAAGACUAACGCGGUCUCGGAGUGUUCCGGGAUUUUGUGGUUAAAAAGACGGAGGGGUUGAUGAUGAUGAUGAUGAUGAUGAUGAUGAUGAUGAUGAUGAUGAUGAUGAUGAUGAUGAUGAUGAUGAUGAUGAUGAUGAUGAUGAUGAUGAUGAUGAUGAUGAUGAUGAUGAUGAUGAUGAUGAUGAUGAUGAUGAUGAUGAUGAUGAUGAUGAUGACGAAGACGACGAUAAUGAUGGUGACGACGUGAUGGCGGUGGCGAUGACGCUUUCUGAUACAGGAGGAUGGAUUGCCCUGUUAAUAAUGCACUAUGUUCAAUUUAAGAUCAUCUGGGGCAGUGCUCGAUGGUCCAAAGCCCAUUUCCAACCUCGUGCUGUUUUCGGUAUGGGGUUAGACUAUGGCUGGUUGAUGACAACAGAGGAGCCAGAAUCGACGCUUUAGUCCCCCACGUCGCCUGGUCCCUAAUACCUUUAAAUCAUCGGAAGAUUUUCGAAACCGUAAGGCCAUUUGGGAUCACCACAUUCUGUCCUGUGUCAUCAGCUCAGUCCGGUGACCGCACACCGAACAGAAUGAAACAGGUCGGUUCGACUAUAGUAAACGACGACAUCCACCACCGGCCCAGUGACUUGUCCGCAAUAUCUCCGUACUGUCCAUUUCUUCCUCCACCUUGCUCUGGUGGCUAGACCAUCGGGGUGGGCUUGGAUACAACGGCUGACAAAAUUAAACAACCCGUCUACACCUGUCUCACCGGACCAAGUCUCCGUGAGUCUUCGAGGACGACUGAGGUCCCAUCUAUAUGAUACUCUUGUUUUACCUUUAUUUGAUGCGAAUCGCCCAAAGAGUGUUUAAUGCAGUCUUUCGAUCCAACCAAGUAUACCUUCCUUAUCAUACCCCUCCUCUUUCUCCUUAUCUUUGAUGGUAAGGUAGAACUACGUAGGCCUGUCACUUAUACCAGCAGGUCGCCGGUCGUCAGCCUUGCCAUGGACAGGGGUGGCAAUUUGCCCUUUCUAUUUCCUGUCUGGAGAGUCCAAUUUUCGCGGUGACCCGUAGCGCCCCACCUCCGGACGCCUGCUGCAACACUACGCUUCUCGCGUGUAUCAGCGGCAGUCUGGUUCUCGGCCAAUCACAGUUCCCCAAACCGGCCAAUAAACUUCAAGGCCGACCCGGACAUGCCCUCGCUCGAGGCGCUCUGACGUCUGUGCUGGCGACGCCAAACAUGUAUCCUCGUUCGGCUGCCUACUUGAUUUAACCUAUUCUCCAUUCAUGCUGUAUACAUACCUGUAUCGAAACACUGUCCAGUGGACCUUCAAUUUCCCUGCAUAAUUUAUGUCGUUUUGUCUAGCCCUAUGACCCGGGCGGCACUUGGGGAACUCUCUUUCAACCUUGACAUCUGUUUGAGGUAUCUCCUGGUCCCGUUCUCGUCAGUCUGCCUGAACACUGGGUUUUGUCCUUUCCAGCAUCGUUAAUACCUGGCUAUUACGAGGUUAAUUAAUGCUGAUUACGUCCUUCUGCCCACUUGCUAAUAGAAGCACAGAGGUGAGUUCCAAGAAGUAGUCGCGGAGAAGGAGACACGGUUGUUGGAGCAAGUGCUUUACUACCCUGACGUUUCGCGUUCUCACUCGGAUCCAUCAUCAGAGACAGAGUCAGUUAAGGGUAGUGGAGGGCCCAGGACCUAGAAUGAAUUUGCUAGGCCGCUCCAUGCAUUUCAUAGUUGGCAGCUCCCGAGUACAUCACAAAUCAACUGGCUAGGAGUUGAAGUAUGCCGUUGCCAUGCAGUUGCUGUGCGCCUGUAUGCUGGUCAAGAUUAUCAACUCCCACGCUCAUCGCACGCUGCCGGCGUGCGUGUGGACUAUUGGGUGAUUUGGCUUGCCGACAUUGAUACCGGGGACAGUGGUUAUCCGCACGUUCCCCUCGCGGCUAACUAAAUCUCGCGCUGAAUUUGGAGCGGGGAGGUCGUUGCGCUUGUUGAUUGAUUGAGGACCAGAAAACCAUCACUCGUGCAGUUUAAGUCUCACGCGGUUGUCGACUCUAGCAAGAAUUUCUACUUCGUCAAACUUGAGCGUGCGGUUGGGUCCGGUCUAGCGAGCCGCUACUUGGGAAUCAUCGUCGUUCCCCCUUACUGCUGCCGCGUGCUCGGCCAACCUUGUCUGGAGUAAUUUUUCGAUUUCUGCGACAUAAUUGCUGUGUCCGCAACUGCACCAGACCCGGUAAACGGCCCCAGAUGCCUCCUACCGUGUCGGUGGGUCUUUUGGCCUUGGAUCCUUUGGCGUCUUACGGUUGCCUCCGGUCUGUGUGCAACUCCAAUUCCAAGGGGCGUAAAGAGGCGGCGGACGACUUCCGAGACAUUCAUCACGUACGGGACAGCUCGCCAAUAUUUGAGGCCGGUUGGUCUUUUGGCUCUCGUCUCUUUUAUGCAGGCACUGGCUGACGAAGUUACGCGGGUGGCCAUUUACUCUAAGCUCCCGUCGAAGGUAUUGUAAUUCAGCAACAUUGUCUUCCAGCUCAUUGCAGUGUGUCUCCACCUGUUAGUAUAGUGUCCCUAUGUAACUGCGUUUGUGACUGAUUGGGGGAUUCCUCUUGUAGCUCAGUACUUGCGUCGUGUGUGUCGCUUUCCUGAUUAGUUUGUUUUUUAAACAACCACAGUCGUUUCGGCAGACGGGGACAUCAAGGCCAGCUGGUUGUUGGCCUCUUCCUCCGUCGUAAACUGAAUGUCCGGGAAGACAGCGUUGGGGUGUUCUUUGGAUUCAAGCACCCGACACUAUUCGAUGACGAGUCCAGAAUUUCGGUCUGCCUACUCGCAGGCGAGACCCCAGUUAGUGAAGAAGACACUUCCGUAAAGAAGGCUGAGCAAGUUGGACGACCGAUUUUGGCACCUACCAACCAGUUGAAUGGCUUGGAAGUGUGCAACCGAGGCAAUUCCUGCGAAGUAGAGAGAUGUUCAAUGCUCUACUAUAGGUCAUCUCCACGUCCUGCCUUGCAGGCCGCCAUCAUUACUGUUCGUGACAGUAGCCGCAGUCUUGGACACAGUGGAACAGACAGAGCAGAAUGGUGGAAUUGUGCGAAAACCUCGGUGUGGACGUUGCCCCCGUACACAUAGCUGAAAGGUGUCACUUCGCAGAUCGACUGGGUGUUGGUUGAACUUUGCACCUCACCUGACCAACUGAUUCGCGACUAGACUUUCGCUUCGCCUGGGUUUGGUGGGCUUGACCAGUCGCGGUUCUCUGGACUCCAAAUGCACGCACUGUCCACCAGGACUGCGCGGUGGCAGUGCUACGCAUCCGCGUGGACGAACGAGAAGUGGUCUGAUGUCGGACGUGUGUUCCGGUGAGGACCAAAGGUCGAGCGUUCAGAGGACGUAACUUUGCACAAAUACGAAGAGUCGAUCAAUGGAGUGGAAUAACUGAAACUCGUUCGUCUAAACAGACCACAAAGUGAUUUCAGCCAGAGGAAAUUCACCGGUUUUACUAUGCUGGGGUCAAAACAGUGGAGAUUUUGUCGACAAGACGGAGAUUUCCAAAUCAGUGCGUUAUUACCGACAAAGACAAGGCAGACUGGAAUGGCCAUUUCCGGUUUAUUAGCCGGCGUCAGCCAGUCAUACCCAACCCUGAAGUGUGGAACACCUGGGGCUCGAUUUCGCCAUCUGUUAGAAGUCCAAACCAUCUAACCACUGGGCCACGGGCCCGUUUACCUGUCGGUUUCGAUAGGGAAUAUACAAUACUGGGGGGGAGGCUCACCGAUCGUUCUUACGGAACUCAUUCGUUACGAUGUGCUUUUCGGGCUCUCUCUUGAGCCCAACCAGCAGCCGCACAGCGGCGCAUGAUUUAGGCAGUAUGUUCUUGCCGACAAAGACAAGGGUAUGACUGGCUGACGACUACUAAUAGGCCAGAAAUGGCCAUUCCAGUUUCCCUUGUCUUUGUUGGUAAUGCCAUUCUGCCUAUAUCAUGCGCCGCUGUGCGCCUGCUGCUUGGGCUCGAGAGAGAGUCGUAAGGCACGACAGAACGAGUGAGCUCCGUAAGGACGAUCGGUGAGGGCCCCCCUACCAUUCCUAUAUCGGAAGCCAGGGAAGACGGGUUGGGCUAGACGGCCUUUUCUACCAUGGAUGUGCGUACACAGGGCUUUGCAAGCAACUGCCGCAAGCGGUCUCUCCAGGCAAGCUGUUUGUCCGCCGGGGAGGUUAUUAGCCCCCACGGCGCGGAUGUGCGCCUUUAGCUCUGUCUCACCUGUCGCCAACCAAUCAGAGUGGAGGGCAGCAUUGAUUGGCUUCGAGCACUAGCGAGGUUAGUGACAAGCCUCGCGCGGUCCCAGCAGCGAACCGACAGGGAGCGUGAGGCGGACUGAAGGGCAGCACGACGAGGCGAAGGAGAGCAAGGAAGCGCGGAUUGCCACAGUUUUAAGAUGGCUACUCAGCAAAUCUACAUUCAGUAGUAUUUAUCUGUGUAACCAUCACAUUGUAGAUCUUGUGGGAAAUCUGCGAAACGGGCCUUUAACACUUGGAAGGUUCUGAAGGGAAGACGUUAAAUAAAGCUGACAACACCAACCGACAGAACGCUCUCUACCGGCCCUUUGGGACUCCCCAACAAGUCAGCCUUCAACUCUCCCCGCGGCCUCUCGAACAGAAUGACGGUGUGGUCUGCUAGCCUGCAGGUACAAAAUCUGGUUACUUCACACCGCUGGCUGCAUCAUUUGUACUCAUGGACCUAUCCUCGCUAGUCGAAGUCCAUAUGGGGUUAUGGUCUCACAUCCAGUUACAACAGCGGCGGUGGUUCCAACCGCCACUGUCGAUCUCGUCAAGACUGUAGUUGUCAUAUGUGGUUUACCCUUGUCCCAGUGGCACUUUUGUAAUGUUCGCGUGAAUCCGUUCAUGACGAGGGAAGCUUGCACUGCAUCCGCCCUCACUUUCUCCUCCUACGUCCACUAUGUUCCUACGGCAGGACAUAAUUGAGACAACUGAAGGCGAGUGUAGACGCACAACUGCUAGCCCUCGCAAGCACGUGAGCCAGAAUCUCGAAUGCAAAAUUUCGGGUGCCCGAUAAAAGGAUAGGAGCCGUUACAAGCCGGACACAAUGAUAACUGUGAGUUAGGUACACCGCUCUUCCAUGGAGCUGCGGUCCCGUUGACCGGAGGGUUGUGACUGGGAAUAUUAUUUACCGGAGAAGCGACGAUGCCAAUCUGCCACCCGAUCGAUGAUCGACUCGCCUAGCGUAACUGAUCUUUUCGAUUUUAAUCGCUAGGACAACAGGUCCGUGACUCAGUGCUAGAGUACUGAAGUCAAUACUCAACGACCAAAGAGUCCGGGUAACAAUCCAAUAUCAUCCGAACGUGGGGUAGGAUACGGGCGGCAGGCGAAGGCGGAUAAGCGGGAACUGGUCAUUCCAGUCUCCCUCGGGACCUCUUUCUGUGGAACGAGUACUAUACAAAACUGAUAAUUUUCUUAGGAGAGUUGCGAAAGGGCUUCAGUUUGUGCAUUUCCAGAGCGUACUAACAGCGUGUGCGAUUCCUCAGAUCCUCCUUGCCUUUUGACUGCCGAAGGCUGCGAUCUGUGUGCGCUGCACCCAGCCGGUGGUCCGUAAAAAAUAAGUCGGAGUGGGUACUGUAUUUAAGCAAGUAGACAAUAUUGCGUAGACAAUUUGCCGAUGCGGGCUGAAGAUUGGAGAUGCACAUGCCGAUAUUAUACUUUUCCCACAUCUUCACAUCACUCACCUGAGGAACGCCGUCCGGGACUCAACGGUUCUAUCCGCGCAGUUCCUGUUUAUUCAUUGCAGUCCCAGCUCCUUGGGGUACAUCUGACGCACUAGUUUCCAGCUGCAAGAGUCAACAUUGACAUAUGAAGCAGUGAAGUCGACGGGAGCCAACCUAAUAGCAAUGAAAUACGAAUCAUAAUUCUAUUAUCAAAUCAUUUCAUGGUUUGUGUAUGCUUUGUCUUGGGUACUCCUUGAAGUCCUGGAAUUUACCCCUGCAGGAUAUGCGCGUGUUUUGAUUACUUAGUUCAGUUUUGUACGAUUCGAACGAACAGCCAUACCCGAACUCAUUGCGAUUUCGACGGGUCUAAGUGCCGAGUUUGACGCCGAAGUGACCGCUUUUUCAAUUUUUAUUAUGGUUCCAAUGUCUGCGGAACCGGAUCUUGUAAUUUGCCUAUUAGACCUGUCACUACAAAUAGAAUAACUUGGCAGCAAAUCUUACGGUUUUCUGAUGAGAUGGUAAGGUUCACGUCGCACCCAUUAGGAUCUGAGCCGUCCCCAUAUUUAUUGUUGUUUAAAAUCUUGGCCAGUGUUUGUUGUGGACCAAAGGGUGUGGUUGUACGUCUAGGUACGGGUCCGACUGUGCCAGCCACCUGCAUCCUCUCGCGUCUCCGGUCUUCUUGACUUGAUCAUGACACGGGGUUAAGGUGGGGAAGGAGGAGAGAGUGUGGUAGAUGCUUCGCAGGUCUACUAUCGAUACAAGUCUCUGUUGCUGCUCCUACCCUGAUCUGGGGUAUACGGUAGACAUUAUCGAAAUCGACGGCCAUACUGUCGUCUUUCGAUAAAUACAUUAGCCGUCUUCAAAUUUGAGCUACUUUUUUCAGAUCACUCAUGCUCGUUCUAAGUCAUGCUUGGACAGGGUUUCUGACUUCCCUUUAAAUGCAUCAGGACUUUCGGAUGUAUGCCCUAUCCUACACGAAUAACUGGCAGGAUAUGCAAAAUGAUGAUAAAAUGGGUAGUGUAUUGGAAAUAACCACUUGUCGUUAUUUUUUAGGCACAUUCAGAUGUAUGCAGGAGGCGACGAAACAGACAGUUUAAACAGGACACCUAGGUCAGUCAGUGGAUACAUUUCACGCCGCCUCUCCCCCUUCCCCCCUAGCCAUCAAGUCCUACCUCGCUGGACUGAAGACACGGCCCUCCUCCUCAGGAUUCAGACUUGCAACUAUGCUUAAAGCAACCUUUUUCGGGAAUAAGAAGGGAUUUUAUGGGCCAUUUAUCGUACUUGUACUGUCCGUCUGAAUCCUAUAACAGUAGAUGGUUUUUACCGCCUUUCGGAGGCCGCUGGUAGUUGCAUAUCACCAGUGAGAUAACGUUGUUGCCAAAUUUAUUAAAUCGGCUUUUUCCUAUUGAUUAAUAAAUAACAGACUCAGGAUGGCGAAGUUGACGGAUCCGGAGAGAUAACUUAAAAUAUGAAAGAGGUCAUCAGAACAUGUUUAUUUCAGAAUUGACGUUCCCGAGAGGUUGGCCGGCAUACAACUCUCGAAGCCUUAGAUGCCCAAAAUCGAUCUGAAGUGCAAAUGACUUGCCGAGCCAACCGACCUUGAACUGAUUGCUUUUUGUCAUUAUUCGCUCUGUUGGGUGUUUAACGGCCUUGACUGUUGCCUCAAAUGUUUGGGCCCUUAAAAGCACCUUCUCUGCAAACUAGGCCUGUGUGACAGUCUAAAGGAUGCAACUGUCCUGAUCAAAUGCGAGACUGCCCGACUGAACGAUCUUUUAGCCAGUCAGUUUUUUCUUUUUUCAUUUCUUUUUGCUUUUCCCUGCUGGACCCCGGAGGAAUUUUAAGUGCAUCACAUGUCAAUGUACCAUACUGGCAUAGGUUGGCGCUAAUUUAUUCCCAAUGUCUCAAAUCUUUCCCCAAACGACAUUGCGCCAGCAGCACGCGUCUUCUGUCCCGUUUCUGGAGGGAAAAACCUUCGAAAUGGCCCGUUGAUCAAAACCCACCGGACCAGAUUGUGCCUCGCCAUUUUUACUUAAGUCCUGUUCUACUUAGAUAGCACUCGCUCCAAUACGUCUUACCAACAUGUCCUUCAUGCAGUCAAAGAUUCCUGACGCUUGGUGUUCGAUGAGAAUCACGCUCAUAAAUAAACAAUCUAUUUAUUUCGCCCUACAUUCUCCCGUCCUAAUGCAUUCCUCUUAGCACUUCUGAAGCUGGCUGGAAGAGUUGCUUUAGAUGUUAUUACGCUCUUUUCCUCCAAUUUCUCGGACCCUUCAUAAGUCACAUAUGAAGCCGGACGUAGCACCUUGGAGGCUGUAGCUCUUGUGGUUAAGUCUGCUCGAAGAGAUCUAGAUAAGAGUUCUCGAAUACGCCUCUGUAUCCUGUGGUGUCCCGCGUCCCCUCCCCAUUCUCCUCAGAAAGUACGUCUGUGUGCAACCCCCUCGGCUGGAUUUAUUCUUGGUUUGGAGCCUACUUUGCCUUUGACACCCAGUUUGUCUAGUCUGCCGAGCGUAAUUCUACCAUUCUCGCCACCAGCUGUGGAGUUCUCCAGGGUUCCGCCUUAUCCUCGCACGUCCUCUCACCUCGCGCUGAUGACCUCAGGUCGUCAUCUUCUCAGUACCUUGGUGUCAUCCUCUCUUUCAAUCUCUCCUCCCCCCUUUAUGGAAAAAUCUCUCUUAUCAAAAUUUCUAAAAUGGUUUAUUACCUUCGUCAUUUAUGUCCUCAUCACAAGCCUCAAUCCAUAAUCUGGAGAUUUAUGCAUGCUUGCAUUCUCCCUCUCAUUUUUAUUGUCCUCCGGUGAUUUUUUCAACCUUGUUAAAGAAUGUCAUACUCAUUUUAAAACGUGUCCUUCGAAUUGCUCUCUUCCACUGCAAUUGUAUUUAUGACUUUUAGCUGAUAUCUCAAUGCGCCGAAAUUUCACAACGGUCAAGCAAUUUCCAGACGGAAUUCUGAAUUAUGUUGUUCAUUCCCUUCACUCUGAACUAAUGACUGCGAAAUCUUUCCGUCCCAUGUACUGUGGCUUCCGGCAUACCUCAUGUUGCUCGCUGACAGACUCAUUUUCCGUAUAAUCGUUUCUAGCACGAUGCCUUACGUGUAAAGAGAACGAAAUACAGAAUGUGGACUCGGAUUGCCCCCAUAAUAAUUGUACACUUUUUAUGUAAACCCAUCACAUCUGUGACCUUGUUUUCUGGCCCCGGUGAAGGGGGAAGAUUUUGCUGGAAUUUCUUAAUGAUACUUCAAAAAUAACACGUGGCCCUUUUUGUCUAGCCAAACUAUGAGAAAACUAAGUCUUCCGAGGCAAAAAGUGGUGCUGUUCCAGCUUCAAAAAGUAGUAGAGGGACUAUGCAACAAAUAUUUUAUUUUUUGCAAACAACAAUCCGUCGAAAUUUAGCGUGCAUCAGCGUACAAAUAAACAGGGGCCAAGCUACUAGUGCAGUCGCGCUCGAGAAGCAUUUUUUAAGAACGGAUUGUUACAGAAUUGAGUUAUUUCUUCAUGAGUUCGGACCGGUACUGAAACUCGCCUCAAACAGUUGACGACAGUGGACUUUACCACAUGCUGAAACGUCGAAAUGACCGACUGGUGAUGGGUAUUUUUACAACGAAUUGUGCUGUGUUUGCAAAUAAAAAUGUGAGUGCGUUUAGACAAAGGAUUUUCAGUAGGGCUCGUUACUAUUUUUAGGGGAGGAAAUCUAAUUUUAAUAAUCGACAAAUCCUCUGGUGUUCUAAAAAUAACGCGCUUAUUCGCGCCCUGUUUCAUUUAACUCGCGCGAACCAUAAAGCCAACUUCCAAAUGCGCCAGGAUUUUAUGGUAGAACUCUGCAGGGCAGAUUAAUUUCUUUUCGUCGGAAAGCUAUAAACAUAGGAAAUUGCCCAUGUAUAAGACAACUUUAUUCUCCGCUUAAAUUUGUAAAUAUUUUCCCCGAUAAAAUAGCUUGUGAGAAAAUUUUGCAUGAGCAAAAGGCAUUUUAUGGAAUGUGUUGACGAGUGCGUAAAGGCCACAGAAUGAUCGUCCAGACUAUGGUCUUUAUGGCUCAUGAGUUACUCCACGAAAUAAAGUGCUGCUUAAACAGAUUUAUGGUUCUGCAGUCAGAAGGCAGAAUGUCGGGAGCUCAUGACGAAUCUGACACAAACGGUGUCGCGAGGAUUUUUUCUUUGUUUGUAGACAACCCUUUUCGUAAUUUCGCUUCACACAAGGUAGCCGCCGUACCUCUGUCAGUGCUAGGACUACCGGGACAUCCUCCAGGACUCCACAAGAUUAUCUCCUCCACGCCUACUACCGUGGUCUACUGCCAUUUCAACGGCUGGGGUCCGCCCCAACUCUACCCGCACCUCCCCCCUGUGAUGGUGGUCUUCUUGCCGAACCGUGUUGAGUGGGAAUCAAGCCUCUUGUUGGUUCCUUCAGAAUCGCAACUGAAAAAGGCGCUGCAACAGGUAAUUUGCCUGACAGUUUAUGCGUUCUCUCCGGGUCCUGCACAGUUUAUGACAGCGUUCUUGUUAAACACGGCUACCAAUGAGGCCUUUGUAUCUUUUUUUCCUGUCGCUCGCGAACGCUAACAUAGCGCUCAGGCCUCAACGCCCUUACACAAGUGCUGGUGAGCUGUUCUCUACUUGCUUAAUUUUUUGAAGCAUUUUUCUAUGAGUUGACGUUAAUAUAAGCAAAAAAUGGCUGAUAGUUAGGCAGCACAAAGCGCCGAGGCCUUCAAAUUUUCCAUUUUAAUUUGAAGAAAAAAUAAAGCAUAGUAGUCUUUGCGCAUUCUACAGCAGCCCAUAUCAUGAGUCACCAUAAGAUCAAGCGAAACAGGCAACGGCCGGUGUUUAGGCCCAAUAUUCCAGCGGCACAUUUUUGCUGCCGAGUUGUGCAGUUACGAACACUUUGGGCUGUCCGCGUAGAACACUUGCUGACAGAGUCACAAAACGUGAGUAAGUGUUGGCUUCUAUAUCACCCAGUCGUAGGUGCAAACCAUUUGGGCUAUCUGCAUUGAAUACUUACUGACAAAUAAAGAAAACGAGAGUAUGCGUCCUUUUACGCUUUGUGGGAUUGAAGGUUAUCGGACCGGGCCAGUCACUGCAUGCACCACGUUGUCGUCACUGCCUGAACGGUUUUAGACACGACGAAACUUCCCUGAGAAGAAUUAACCAAAUAGGACUUCGAAGGCUUGUUAUGGUCUACUUGAUCGAUUUAUGUUUUGGUCCCUGGUCAGACAGACCUGGAAAGUUAGAUGGAAGACCCAGGAGUAGAAGAGGUCAUAGAUCUCGUUUGACUUUCAAGUUUUAUUCUGGUGGGGGUUGUUUCGUGGUCGCCGCGGCUCAUCAGCAGACCUCGCCUGACGACUGAGGUGUUCUACCAGCGUGUAGCCAAAUUCCCUUACGGCCGUCAUUUCGUUCUUCGGAACACGUAUCAAACCCCAUGAGCCGCAAAUCAGACUCAGUAAUUUUGGAGCAGUCGAAUGUGAUCAUUAAACACCAGCCAUGGAAUAUUUACUUGACUUCAACUAGGUGUUUGUCUGUGCAUUUGAUAUUGUCUCUCUCCUUCUCCAGAUGGAACUUGACGGCAUUAAUGACGCCAGCAAAACGUCCUUACGUCACUUACGAGUGGCACUCGCGGGCGUGAAGACAUUAUCUCGCUUUCUCCUCCUUGUGGGUGCAGUUGGACUUCUAUCUGCCUUCCGGUUCGGAGACCUUGAAAUGUCGGUUAAGUAAAAUAUCUUUUGUUUAUUCUUUCCGAUGAGCAUGUCGUUUUCAUGAGUUGCAUAAUAUACAGGAGAGCCUAAAUUAUUUCAAAUACUAUCUUUGAGCGAGAUAGCCCUAUACAAUGAACUAUCAUUUAUACUCGGAUGAUUGCAUUUCCUAAACUUUCUGGAUAUUUUUCAAAGGCAAUGAAAAAUCGAUAUCAUUCACCUUUUCCCUCUCUUUAAGGUCGCUUUAUGCAUCCGGAGGUCUGACCUUUGGGACCAGUAUUUUCCUGAUAAUGUUCUGCAUUUGGUUCCAAAAACAGCUAGACCGAGUAUACGCGGGCUUCAGCCAAUUGGAAUUUUUGACCGAUGAUGAUGACACUGCCUGGGAGUAG